GCUUUCCCGACACCCAUGAACACACCGCAACUCUAGAGGUAAGAGGGAAUGCGAGAGAAUCCGAUAGCCCCAGGCAGCUCUUGGAUGAUGGUCAGGAUUGUUAGCUGUAUCGUAUCAGGUAGCUAACUAACAAUAUCCCACACGAAGCUGAGCCGCAAAUGAUAGGUACCAGCUUAACUAAGCGACUCCUCGGAGGUCGGACCAAAAACCGUCCGCCCCUUUGGCAAAGAGUCCGAAAUCCCUGGCAUCCACCCAACUGCCAGACCAGGUGUUACGGCACAAAGCCGCGCGAACGGCUUCUGGCUUUUCAGGCAUCAUGGGUGAGGCUCCCAUGGCUGACGAAUGGUUGCCCAAGUGGGACGCAAUCCGCGCGGAGCGUACUCCGUGACGUUGAAGGUGCGGAUGGGGGACGUUGAAAAACAAUAAAAUAGACCACCAAAAUGCCGGGUCCCCGGGCAUCGCACUCUUGUUCAGUCCGGCUUGCCUCUUCUUGUGUCGUUUUGUUUGUCUUUUUUUGUAAUCGUAUUCGGAGUUUAGUAUCUUAGUAUUAUGUCAAUGUCAACCUAUACACCGUCAUCAACAUCCCCUGAUGGACCCUCAGAGCCGCCGCCAACAGCUAGUGGUAGCGGGACGGGAGCAACAGCAGCUCACGAGCCGUUGGCUUGUGUGAGUUGUCGGACGAGGAAGCUGAAAUGUGAUCGUAGAAAGCCGAAUUGCACCAGGUGUUCUCGGAGUGGUGGCGAGUGUCACUACCCGGAGUCUCGGAGGAGACCAGCGUUUAAGCGAAGGAAUGUUAGAGAGUUGGAAGAGAGACUAGCACAGGUGGAAGGUCUCUUGAAGAAUGUCAGCAGGCGGCGAACCAGCCGGGAAGCCGGGCCUAGCACAACGUCUGGUUCUCUAGAACCGUCACGGCAGCCAUCUCAAGAAUCAUCCCCUCUAGCUGGCCUAGAGGCCGAUGCUUCUCAGAUCAAUCUUGACGACUUAUUUGCAGAUCCAACUUUCCAAGAUCCAUCAUGGUUUCCACCACCACCACCUCCUCCCCCAGAUGGAUUUUCGUCCACAGCCAACAACCCUCCGCCAUGGGACCUGUUUGGUUUGGGUCAGUUUGAGAGCUUGCCCCCGUGGGAAAUGAUUGAGGAAUUGCAUGAUUUAUUCUUCUCAAUCCACUACUCAUUUCUGCCCAUUAUUCACAAGGACGGGUAUUUGGCUGCUUUUCACCGGCCGCCUCAUAUGCGACCUCCCAUGUGUCUUCAGUAUUCCAUCUGGACUAUGGCAGCGGAUGGCCAUCCCAAGUAUGGGUGUUAUCACGAGGCUUUGUACCGUCGAGCUCGGCAGUACUUGGAGGCGGAUGAACUCAAGGUUCGUCACAAUAUCGUCGCUCCCACGCAAUCAACGGGAACUAACCUUUUGCAGGGGCAUGGAGAGCAUUUCAUCACGGUAUCCCACGGUCAAGCCUGGGCCCUGAUCGCCGCCGAUGAGGCCAGGAGAAUGCUUUUCACCCGGGCAGCAUUGAGCUCCGCUCGAUGCGUUCGAAUCGUCGGCAUGAUGGGCCUCCACCGGCUCGACAGCACAGCCGCCGACGAAGAACACCCCAUCGCUCCCAUGAUCCCCCCUCCCAAAGGCUGGGUCGAACUGGAAGAACGCCGACGUCUAUUCUGGGGCGCCUUCUGCAUCGACAGCUACGCCGGCAUCAGCACCGGCUGGCCAACCCUCAUCGACACCAACCAAGUCACCACCCACCUCCCCGCCUCCGAGGACGCCUUCGCCAAAGGCCAAGAGGAAAAGUCCACCUCCCUCCAGUCCCUCUUCAACGGCUUCAACUACUCCACCUACGGCGGCAACGUCGUCAUCUGCCACAUCUUCAACCAAAUCAUGAAGCACGCCCACUGCCCCAUGCCCUCCGACCGCCCAGACGAUUUAGAGUCCGGCCCCUUCUGGCAACGCCACCGCGAACUCGACACCUUGCUAUCCAGCGCCUUCAUGUUCCUCCCCGACCGCCUCCGCCUCCCAAAGAACAUCACCGACCCGGUCGCAAUCCAAAUAAACAUGAACCUCCACGCCGCCGUCAUCUGCCUCCACAACACCGCCUACGAAAAAGCAGACAAGCUCCCCUCCUUACCUGCGUCCGUCAAACAAGACAGCCGCACCCGCUCCCUCAUGGCAGCAGGCGAAAUAGUAAACAUCCUCAAGCUAAGCCACAACAUGAAGACGGGGUAUAAAUCCCCGCUGAGGGCCCUCUCGUUGUACUGCGCGGCGUCGGUGUACGUCUCCGUCGCCGCCGCCAAAGACACCACCACCCCCGCCAACCCCCCGUCACCAUCCUUCCUCUCCUCGGUCAACACCAACCUUGAGACUCUCCUUAAAUCGAUGGAGGCGAUUUCAAAGCUGCACUACAUCACGAGGGCGUAUCUAAAUCAGAUACUCCUUGACAUCGACCGCUCGGGGGUAUCUCUGUCAUUUCCACUUUCGGAGUAUUUGAGCAAGGAAUCUCACCCGUGUGAGCACGGGAUUCCAAUCGUGGCUCGCACUUCGGGACACAGACAGACGAGGCUGCCAGUUCCGUUUUCUACACCGGGGGGGCAGCAGCAGAGGGUGAUGGUUCCGGGGGUGUUUGCUGAUAGAAACUUUGGUGGUGGAAACAUCCACCCCGGCGCGGGUAUAUCCUCUGGUUUGUCCUCCAUGGUGAGCGGGAUGGUGGCUGGGUGUGGACUGCAGGUUUUGACGGGGGAUGGGGUGAGGAAACAACCGGAACAACAGCAGGGGCGGUUUGUGGAUGCUUUUCACCCUUGUGAUAACCCGCCCUAUGCUAGAGGGCAGGUGAACACCGCUAGGGCCGCCACGGGGGAGAGGGUGAUGAUGUUUGGGUUUCGGGGUGGGAGGGAGGAAAUGGUAGGGCUGCAGGACUUGCCUUUUAGGUUGGGGAUGCAGACUGGGCUUGUGGGGACGGGGGCUGGGUUGGGGUUUGAGAUGGGGAUGGCUGGAGGAGGGACGGGGAAGGAGAAGGAUGGGGAUGUACUUCUGCAUUUUUCGCCGGGGAAUGUGGGGGGUGUUUCGGGGGAGGGAAAUCACGGCCAAGUUGGUGGUGGUAAAGGGAAAGAAGAUGGGAAUGCGAUGGAUAUUUUUGAUGAGUUUCAAGAUUUGGGAGAGGGGACGGGUGGCGGGGGAGAUGGUGAUUGGGGCAUGUUGGAUCCUACCGACACUUUUUACUCACUGCUGUAUAAUGAUGGGGCCAACACUGACAAUAAUGGGGGAGGAGAUAAUAAUUGUGGGAAUAUGUGGUCGGUGAAUGAUUUUACUGGGAUGUGGGGUGGUCCUCGAUAG